AUGUUACAAGUAGAAGAAAGUAAUAAAUUAAAUCAAACACCUGUUCAAGUAGUUGAAACAGAAAAUACUGUAAAUAUAUCUGUAAAAUUCUCAUCUUUAGAUAAAAGUAAGCUUAAAGAAUCUUCAUUGAUGGUUGAAAAGUUUCUUAAAAAUCUCGGUUUAGAGAAUUUCAAGUUGACUACCAAUUUAAAACCAGCUCAAGCUGAGUAUACAUCUAGAAAGUCACCAUGUGGUAAUGGAACAGCUAGUUGGACUAAGAGGACAAUGAGAAUAUUCCAGGCUGAUUUAUCUAUGACCAUUGAAGAAUCUGUCUUAUCAACCGUUUCUGAUUUCUUUAAAGGUCUUUGUGUGAAAUCUGAUAUUAUUAAAUGUGAAUAA